AUGCUGCGAUAUAAAAGUGUUGGCAAGAAUGCUAACGACCUCAACGACCUGCUUCCCACCCAACCACUACCACCUCCAGGCCUGAACGGCUACGCGCUGCAGCAGUGCUUGAGGGAGGCACGUAAGGCCCGGGAGGCGGCGGAGGAAGCUGCUGACGGCGGAGCUGGUCGCGGCGGUAGUGGCGUCGAUGCCGUACGCGAGGAACGCCUGCGGUACCGGCAGUAUGAGCAGCCGGGGACGCUGGUGACGCUGCCGAACGGCCUGCAGUACCGGGAGCUGCUGGAGGGCACCGGCCCAGAAGCGACCCCCGGGUCGAUCUGCGAGAUCACGUACAUCGUGUACCGUCUGUCAUCCGGUGCGUACUACAAGUACAGUAGUGGCGGCACACCGGUCUUUCUGUUUUCGCUAGGGUAUGGCCAGGAGGGCAAGGACGACGUGGGACAGACGUACAAGUUCAGACUGGGAGAGCCCAGCAGCCUGCCCGCUGCGGUGACUCCCGCGCUGGUGGGUAUGCGCCAGGGCGGCAGGCGGCGAGUGCUAGUGCCGCCGCGGCUGGGCUGGGUGGAUGAUAAGGUGGGUCCGCGGCCCGACACCUUCGGGGGUCAGCGGCGCCUGGUCGGUCACAAGGAUGAGCCGUUACUCUUCGAGGCCGAGCUUGUACGCGUACGGCAGCAACUGCCAGGGCAACUGCCGGAUGGUGGCAAUGGCGGAGUACAGGAGCUCGCGGGUGUCCCGAAGGGCCCGGUGCCGCGAGGUGAUGAUGCCACGUUCCGGCUACCGGCACCGCCGACGUACUACGGUGCAGGGAAGGGUUAAUCAUCACGGGUCGUGUGCUUUGCGAAGCGUCAAGGAGGGGGUUUUACAUGCGGAAGGUUGUACGAAAGUUUGCAAGGAGUUCAUCUCAAUUUUUGGCCUGCAGAGGGACAUCGGUUUAGUUGUGAGUUGGCGGUUGUGGGUUGUCGGUAUAGUUGUUAGUUGUCACUUGUAUCUAGUGAUCUAAAGGAUCGCUGGACGGGUGUACCUGUAUGUAUGUGUACGUGUUUGUGCAUGUGGAUUUGCAACACAGGCUGGACGUUCGCGCUAGGAGCAAAGGGAAGAUGAAGUCUUGCCCAGAUCUUUGCACAAAACACAAACUUGCCCUGAGGGGAGAGGCAGGUGCUGGGCACUACAGUGAUAAAACGUCUAUUAUCCCGGAUUAUUCGCU